AGUGUUGCUGAAAGAAAAUGUACGACAUUUUUGACUUGUGUUAGCAGCAGUAUUUUGACUUGUGUUUGCAGCAGUUUUGUGAAAAUUUACGAAAUGUCGUGACCAGGAAGUACUUUUUUAGUGUUGCUGACGAGACGCUGAUUUUUGUGCCGUUGUUUUUGUCCAAAAACGAACAUAGCGAAAGACAGAAAAUUAGACUGCACCCCUUCCCUCCGUCCAUCAAGAUGGAUAACUUGAUUAAUGAACACCAAAGCCGCAAUGAUCCAGAGAACAAGGCAAAUAACACUGAUUCACCUGAAAUAAAGAUUGAAAUAGAUGAGGUGCGCAUUGAGUACACUCAACAGAUGAACACACUGGAAGAAGAGAAUCUAAGUGAUCAGCCAGCAAACCAAGCAGACAGUUCUGAUUUAUCACAGGAGGAUUCUGAGUCUGAUUCAGAGUCUUUCUCUUGUACACAGUGUGACAAGAGCUUCCGUACCGCCUUACAUUUGAAAAAACACCAGAUUAGGCACACUGAUAAAACCCUACACUAUUGCAUAACUUGUGAGAAGAGCUUCCCUUAUGCAUCGCUCUUAAAGCAGCACCUAACAAUGCAUGAUGCUGACAGAACAUACUGUUGCACGAAAUGCGAAAAGAGCUUCCGAUCUGCACCGUGCCUAAGGAAGCACCUGACAACGCACGGUGAGAAGAAUCACGGUUGCACCGAGUGCGAUAGGAAAUUCUGUUCAGCAUCUCGCUUAAAAAGGCACAUGACGACACAUAGCGGGGAAAGACCACAUGUUUGCACCGCCUGUGGGAAGAGUUUUACCCGACCAGAGAGCUUAAAGAAUCAUCAGCUAAAUCACCAAGGGGAGAAGCUGCACACCUGCCACAACUGUGGAAAGAGCUACAGUGUGCUGAAGUUCCUUAAAGAACAUAUGAAAGUCCACGAGGGUCCCCACAUCUGCUCUCAGUGUGGGAAGAGCUACACACUCCUCUACAACUUGAAAAUGCAUAUGUCAGCAGCGCAUGGAGAGGAAAAAGCAUUGCCUUGCUCUGAAUGUGGGAAAAGUUUUGUUUCAGAGUACCGCCUGCGAAAGCAUCAGAAGCAAGUACACAGAACAGCCUUCCCCUGCCCUGAAUGUGGGCGAAGCUUCUCCACACUGUCCAUAUUGCAAGAGCAUCAGUCAAACCAUACUGGUAUCAAACCGCAUUCUUGUGAGGAGUGUGGGAAGAGCUUUGGCCUUCUGGAUGGUCUUCAGAGGCACCAGUACACACACCGGCCCAAACCAGAAAAAUCCUGCCUCUGUGAGGAGUGUGGAAAAAGCUUUCUUAACCUCACCCAACUGGCCAGACAUAAACAAGUUCAUUCCAAUGUUAAAUCCCACACUUGUGAGGAGUGUGGUAAAAAAUUCAAACAGAUCGGAGGUUUGAGAAUACACCGCCGCACUCACACAGGGGAGACACCGUUCUCUUGCAAAGAGUGCAGUAAAACAUUUACGCAGGCCAGCUCCUUGAAGGUUCAUAUGUUAACCCACACAGGAGAGAGGUCAUUCUCUUGUAAGGAGUGUGGCAAGACAUUCAACAUUGCAAAGACAUUACGGCUUCAUAUGCGCAUUCACACAGGAGAGAAACCACAUAAAUGCCCUGAUUGUGGGAAGGGAUACCAUCACGCUCAAGGACUCAGAAUGCACCUGCUAUUUCACAAGGGGGAACGACGGCACACAUGUACUUACUGUGACAAGAGUUUCUUUCUGCCAGGACAUUUAAGAGCACACAUCCGACUACACACUGGAGAGAAACCUUACCUCUGCUCUAAUUGUGGGAAGAGUUUCAAUCGGGCUUGGAAUUUAAAGCAACACAAGAAAAUAUGUCAGUGAUUCAUUUCACCACAAACUGAACUUUCCACAGCAUGUUAUUGUGGGGCUCCUUUUUUGUAAUAUUCUGCCUAUGAUACAUUGUGCUCUAUGCCAAACUAGUCUAAUAAUACAUCAAAUAAAGUUGGUGACUUAUUUACAUUUGCUUUAUCCAUUUAUAAUCUGUAUGUUGUUGUGGCAACAAAGUAGAUGACAUGCUCUAUGUAGCCUACUUUGGCUGAGCCAUAUUGUGUGAUGGGGAUACUUGUACUGUAUGACAAACUUUCAGUGAAGAAUGAUUGAUUUGAAUGUAAACAUGUGGUGUCCAAAAUGAACCCUAGAGGGUAGAACUAACCCAAGGAUCUGGAUAUUAUCAUAUCACUCUAGCAGAGAAACCUCCAGCUUUAUUCAAUGCCUUGAUAUGUACAUUCUCAAAAUCUACUUAGAAAGAAUAUACAGCUACGUUAUUUCUGUCAAUAUGCUAUACUGUAUAUACACUCAGUGGCCAGCUUAUUAGGAACACCCAUCUAGUAUCGCGUCAGACCCCCCUUUGCCUCCAGAAUAUAAUUCUUCAGGCAUGAAAUGUUGCUCAAUUGGUAUCAAGGGACCUAACGUGUGCCAGAAAACAUUCCCCACACCAUUACACCACCGCCACCAGCCUGUACCAUUGACACCAGGCAGGAUGGGGCCAUGGACUCAUGUUGCUUACGCCAAAUUCUGACUCUGCCAUCACAUGACGCAACAGGAACCAGGAUUCGUCGGACCAGGCAACUUUUUUCCACUCCUCAAUUGUCCAGUGUUGGUGAUCAUGUGCCCACUGGAGCCGGUUCUUCUUGUUUUUAGCUGAUAAGAGUGGAACCCGGUGUGGUCGUCUGCUGUAAUAGCCCAUCCGUGACAAGGACCAAAGAGUUGUGCGUUCACAAGAUGCCAUUCUGCACACCACUGUUGUACUGCGUUGUUAUUUGCCUGUUUGUGACCCACCUGUUAGCUUACAUGAUUCUUGCCAUUCUCCUUCGACCUCUUAUCAAUGAACUGUUUUCGUCCACAGAACUGGCGCUGACUGGAUGUUUUUUGUUUGUCGCACCAUUCUCGGUAAACCCUAGACACUGUCGUGCGUGAGAAGCACGUGUUUCUGAGAUACUGGAACCGGCACGCCUGGCACCGACAAUCAUACCACGUUCAAAGCUGCUUAGGUCACUCGUUUUGCCCAUUAUAACGUUCAAUUGAACAGUAACUGAAUGCCUCGAUGCCUGUCUGCCAGCUUUAUAUAGCAGGCCACUUGACUCACUGUCUGUAGGAGCAAACCAUUUUUGUUGGUGUACCUAAUAUACUGGCCUCUUCGUGUAUAUUGCUUUGUAAAAUAAGAAGAAAAUAAUCCUGAAUAUGCCUUGUAUAAUCUCGAACAUCCCUCUGUAGCAUGGCUUAAACUAGCCAUUUUCACUGUUUAUUUCUACCAUUUGAAUACAUGUAUUCCAAAAAAAAUGACUGCUCUGUGUUAUUUUUCUUUGCUGCAACUGUAUUAGUAUUUAGAGACAAUGCACUAGUAGAGGCCACACUAUGAGUUACAUUUCUAUGUUUGAAUCAUAUCCACUUCACACAGGACAUGGCUAACAUAACGGAGAGAACAUCAGUGUAUUCAAUGUUUCUAAGGUAAACCCCUGUCUUGUACUGUUCUACUGUACACCCAGGCAAGGUGGGCAUACCUCAGUAACUAGUCUGUGUUCCAUGUCUAUGUCCAGGUAAAUUCCUCCCUUUUACUGUACUGCACUUCGGGUAUCAAUCAGAGGGAGACGGGAAUGUGUCCGCUUUGAAUGAAAUCUAAUCCUCCUUCACUUACAUCCUCUGGGUCUGCGUUUUGGCCUGCUCUCUCUGUGUGGUGCUCAGUGCACUGUGCACUUACAGGCUGAGACUCAGUGUCAUUACCGCUCUAAUCACAUUCGGGCUCCGGAGCAGGUAGGCACUAAUUUCUGGAAGCAUACAGGGAAGACUGUUUGUACUGUGCUACUUUUGUGUUAUGAGAAAGUGUUGCUGCUCUGAUCUUGUGAUAUGGUCUGUAAACAGCUUUGAAUGGAACAUGUUCGCUUUUUUUGUUCUUCAAUUCUUCUUCAAUUGAUUCUGCAGCACAUUUGUUGGAAGAUGCGCCAACAGCAAGGAGAAGAUCGUUGCUGGUGUUUCUCCCAUCUAAAGUACAGAGGUCAUCUUCUGCUUUAAUGCAAUUAGUGAUAACUUGAUGCCAAGAAAAUAUGGUUUAAAUACUUGGUUCACAUCUCUCUGUCAUUACAGUGUCAAGUAUACUGUCCAUUAACUUACAUUAUUGCCAACUCUGUCUAAGUUAUAGAUUAUACUAAAUGACUGAUGUUCAUUCAGGCAAUGUGCAGCUACAGUAUUUUGGUUAGCUUACUGUAUAUUCAAUGCUAGCUAUUGUUUUUCACCUGGUAUUUGAGUUACUGUUUGUAUUGGUUUCAUGAUGCAAGUCGAAGCUAAGCCUAGAGUAAAUCCCCAAACAAGUAUCUCUUGGGACCCAUACAUUCGCAAUAAAGUUCAUUCCUCCCUUGAGCUUUCACUUUAGUUUGGAAAAGUGCUAUACGGCACUGUACAUUCCAAUGUUGUUUCUUGGGCGUAUUAUUUUGCUGUCAUGCAUUUACUUCUCCCAUUGUGAAUAGGCUAUACGACCCACAAUGUGAGAAAGGUAGCCCACACACACUUAGGAAGACGGUAAAUUAGAGUCCCAUCACCAGAAUGAUGGGAAUAUUUACUGAUGAAGUGAAUGGCUUCUGUGGUGUGUGUAAGCUUUGAAUUCAAAAAGCAUUGCCUAAACAUGCCUUCUGUAUGUAAACAUUGUACGGUGGCUUGGGAACAGACAAAUCAACGUUUAUUGGUUGCAUACACAGUUGCAGACAUAGCAGAUGUUAUACAGGGUCAAUGGAACGGAGUCAAACAUGGGGUUUCCAAAUGUUUCAUCUGUUUGAUACUUUCUAUUUAUUCCAUUCCAGCCAUUACAAUGAGCCCAUCUUCCUAUAGCUCCUCCCACCAUCCUCCAAUGGUAUGUACAAUAAAAAUAAAUACUAUGAAUGAAAUGUACAGAUAUUACAGUGAGCUUUCAAGAAUCCAGUAUAUAAACAGUAACAAAAUGCAAUGUACAGUUGUAAAUAUAUUAAAAUGAGUUAUGAGAAGAAUACAGUACAUGAAUACAUAAUGUGAAAAACAGUCAAAAAUAAACGGUCCUGUGUUUGAUGUCCUUAUGUUCAUGCGACAGCAGCUUUUCCUGUGUGUGUGUUUGUGAGUAUUUGCGAAUGCUUGUGUGGGAGUGUAUCUGAGUACAGACAGGGUUGGGUAGGUUACUUGUAAAUGUAAUUAGUUACAGUUACUAGUUACCUUGUCCAAACUCAAUAACGUAAUGAUUACUUUCAGUUACUUUUGGAUUCCUUUCCCCU